AUGCAAAAUCAAUUUUUAAACUGGAUUAAACUACGAUGGCGUUUAUUAACUAUUUUUUUAUGGCCCCUACUUCUUCUUCCAUUACCUAUAAUUGAUAAUUCUCCACAAGCAAGAUGUGGUUAUAUUGUACUUAUUCUUAUUAUAUUUUGGGUUUUUGAAGUAAUACCAUUACCAGUUACAUCUGUCUUACCACUUGCACUUUUUCCAUUGGCGGGUAUUUUAGACAAUGAUCAAGUAGCAGCAGCCUUUUUUAAAGACAUAAUCGUGCUUUUCUUUGGCAGUUUAUUACUCGCUUAUGCCAUAGAAUCUGUUAAUUUACAUCGACGAAUUGCAUUAUUCGUGUUAAGUCAUGUUGGUACAUCAACAAAAUGGGCUAUGGCUGGUUUAAUGGGAGUAACAGCAUUUCUUUCCAUGUGGAUUAAUAAUUCAGCAGCAGCAUCGAUUAUGUUACCCGUAUCAAUAGCUAUUAGUGAUGAACUUGAACGUCAUGGAAAAACGUAUCAUGAUAAAAAACAAGCUAUCAAAGAGGCAACUGCAGCUGUAAAUGAAGUACUCGAAAUAAAUGAAACAGCAAUAUCUGAUGGACGCACAACAAAAGAAGUUAUUCUCGAUGCAUUACAUAUAGAAGAACCAAAAACACAAGUUACUAUUGAAGUAAAACAACGUUUUUCACUACCAUGUGGAAAAAAAACUCAAUUGAAAGUUGUGAAACCAGCUGAAAAAAAAUAUGAAGAAAUAAAAAAGGCUUUUCUUCUUGCAACUGCUUAUUCAGCAACUAUUGGUGGUCUAGCAAGUCUUGUUGGUACAGCACCAAAUACUCUUGUUAAAGGUUUUGCUGAAGCACGUUACAAAGAUACAAAUUUUCAUAUAAAUUUUUUAAAUUUUCUUCUAUUUGCAUUACCGGUAGCAGUAUUGAUGCUUAUUGCUUGUUGGAUAUGGUUACAAAUAUUUUAUAAUAGAAAAGAAUUUUUUCAAUGUAGAACCGAUGCUCAAACACAGGAAUUAAAAAGAAAUUUAAAAGCAAUGUUAGUUAAACAAUAUAAAGACCUUGGAAAGCCAAAUUGGAGUGAAUAUUCAGUUGCAAUUGUUCUUUUUAUUCUGGUUCUUUUAUGGGUAACAAAAGAGUUUGGUGAAACACACGGAUGGGAUAUUAUAUUUCGAGAUGGCUUUAUAAGUGAAGCUACAGUUGCUGUACUUUUUGGCGCACUUCCAUUAAUUCUGCCCAAUGCAAAUCCUUUUCAAAGUAAUUGGAAAUAUGAACCAAUUGUAACUUGGAGAAAUCUUUCGAAAAGUAUUUCAUGGGGUACUAUAUUUUUACUUGGUGCCGGUCUUACUAUUGCAGAAGCUUUCAUAAAAUCAGGUUUAUCGGACAGUGUUGCACAAGCACUUAAAUUUCUAAAUGGUGUACCACUAGCUGCUGUUGUAUUUUUGAUUAUUGUUAUCAGUGCUCUUUUCACUGAAGUAACAUCAAAUGUAAGUACAGCAAGUAUUUUCUUGCCAGUACUUGAUGCAGUCGCACGCUCGUCUGGAAUCCAUCCCGCGUAUCUUAUACUUCCAUGUACAUUAGCUGUAUCUCUUGCUUUUAUGUUACCUGUUGCUACACCACCAAAUGCAAUUGUUUUUGCUAGUGGUCAUAUUCGAGUGAUUGAUAUGGUUAAAACUGGUGUUGUAAUGAAUAUUAUAGGUUUUCUUGUUAUAUUUCUUGCGUCAUUAACUUGGAUGCCGAAAAUUUAUGGUAUUACUGAUGAAUCAACAGAAAUUUUUUACAACAUUAAUACGACUACAUUAGCAACAACAGUAAAAUAA